AUGACUGUAAUAUUGUGGAGAAUGACGUACGUCGUCGGGCUGUGCGCAUUUGUCGCUGGCGGAGUGGAGUUGAAGACCAACAAUACCGAGGAGAACGCUACGGUGACGACAACAGCGGCAGCGACGACGACGACGAUGACGGACGACGGCAAAGGACACGAAAAGCGAGGCGUCUUUGACACCGGUUACGGUUACGGAGCUACCAGUUUCAGUAACGUGGUAAGCGGUCCACACUUCCAGCACGGGCACGAGCAGCGAGUGGUCAUCGCCAAAACGAUCAUCCGGGAGGUGGCUCAACCAUACCCUGUCGAAGUUGAGAAACGCGUACCAUACCCGGUUAAGGUCGAAGUGCCCGUCGACCGCCCUUACCCGGUGCACGUGCCCAAGCCAUAUCCAGUCCACGUGAACAAGCCCGUUCCGUAUGAGGUCAAAGUCAAUGUGCCACAACCGUACACUGUCUACAAGCAAGUCCCGUAUGAAGUCAAGGUACCCGUCGACAAACCGUACACCGUUCACGUGCCCCAACCAUACACCGUUUACGUCGAGAAGCGAGUACCUUACGAAGUCGUCAAGCACGUCCCUUAUCCCGUCAAGGUGUUCGUGGACAAGCCGUACACCGUACAGGUGCCAGUUGACAAACACAUACCUUACACCGUCGAAAAACCCGUACCCUAUCCAGUCAAAGUACCAGUAGAUCGCCCGUACCAGGUAACCGUCGAGAAGCGCGUGCCGUAUCCCGUCGAAAAACCUGUACCUUAUACCGUCGAGAAACGAGUGCCGUAUCCGGUCAAAGUUCCUAUCAAAGUUGAAGUCCCAGUGCCUUAUGAAGUAAAAGGUCAUGAACAAAAAUUAUUUUGGCCGACACAGCCUAAAGAAAAAGUAGAACAACAGCAUCAACAGUACGAACCAGAAGUCCAGACACAACCACAACAAUACGAACACGAAGAACAAUCUCAACCACAACAAUAUAAGUCAGAAGUACAGUCACAAUCACAACAGUACGUACCUGUAGAACAAUCUCAACCACAACAAUAUAAACCAGAAGUCCAGACACAACUACAACAAUACGAACACGAAGAACAAUAUCAACCACAACAGUAUAAACCAGAAGAACAGUCUCAAUCACAACAAUACGAACCCGUAGAACAGUCUCAAUCACAACAUUACGAACCCGAAGAACAGUCGCAACCACAACAACAGUUUGGGCAUGAAGUAAAACCACAACAACCACAACAACAGUAUGAAAACGAAGAACAGUCUCAACCACAACAGCAGUAUGUCCACGAAUUAAAACCACAUCAACAACAACAAUAUCAAAACGAAAAACAGUCGCAACCACAAAAGCAGUAUGUAUACGAAAUAAAACCACAUCCACAACAACAGUAUGAAAACGAAGAACAGUCGCAACCACAAAAGCAGUAUGUAUACGAAAUAAAACCAAAUCCACAACAACAGUAUGAAAACGAAGAACAGUCGCAACCACAACAGCAGUAUGUGCACGAAUUAAAACUACAUCAACAACAACAAUAUGAAAACGAAGAACAACUACAAAAACAAGAUGAUAGCGCCGAACAAGCACAACAAUCUGACGAACACUCAGAACAAUCACAGCAACAAGGCGAACCAGAGAACAAUAAUUAUCGAUAA